GCCCGGAGCCGCCCGCGCCGGCCGGGCCGCCAUCAUGCUGAGCCGGCUCGGGGCGCUGCUGCAGGAGGCCGUGGGGGCGCGGGAGCCGAGCAUCGACCUGCUGCAGGCUUUCGUGGAGCACUGGAAGGGCAUCACCCACUACUACCUCGAGAGCACAGAUGAGAACACCCCGGCCAAGAAGACGGACAUCCCCUGGCGGCUGAAGCAGAUGUUGGACAUCCUGGUGUACGAGGAGGGGCAGCAGGCGGCCGCCGGCGAGGCUGGGCCCUGCCUGGAGUACCUGCUGCAGCACAAGAUCCUGGAGACGCUGUGCACGCUGGGCAAGGCCGAGUACCCGCCGGGCAUGCGGCAGCAGGUGUUCCAGUUCUUCAGCAAGGUCCUGGCCCAGGUGCGGCACCCGCUGCUGCAUUACCUCAGUGUCCACAGGCCCGUGCAGAAACUUCUCCGACUUGGGGGGACGGCCCCUGGGUCCCUCACGGAAAAGGAGGAGGUGCAGUUCACCAGUGUCCUCUGCUCCAAGAUCCAGCAGGACCCCGCAUUGCUGGCCUACAUCCUGGAAGGUAAAAAGAUGGUAGGGAGGAGGAAGCCAUCCAGAGAACCAGCUGGCCCACCGAGAGACACAGCCAGCCCUGGGGACAAGGACCCGUCGCACAGCAGGGCUCCCGACGGGGCCCCCCACCUGCACAGCGAGCCCCGUGGGGCACAGGCCGAGGAGCCCGAUGGGGCCACGGGGGAGAACAGCCUGAUCACCUCGCUGCUUGGGCUAUGCAAGAGCAAGAAGAGUCGGGUUGCCCUGAAGGCGCGGGAGAACCUGCUGCUCCUGGUGAGCGUGGCCUCCCCGGCGGCGGCCACCUACCUGGCGCAGCGCAGCCCCUGCUGCCCCGCCAUUGCCGAGCACCUCUGCCGGCUCUACCACUCCAUGCCCGCCUGCCUGGACCCCGCAGAUGUCGCCGCCUCUGAGGGCAUCAGCUGGAGGUUGCCCAGCGCCCCGUCUGAUGAGGCCUCCUUCCCCGGCAAGGAAGCCCUGGCCGCCUUCUUGGGCUGGUUUGAUUACUGCGACCACCUCAUCAUGGAGGCACAGGCGGUGGUUGCAGAUGCCUUGGCCAGAGCCGUGGCAGAGAAGUUGUUCGUGGAGACCCUGCAGCCCCAGCUCCUACACGUGUCUGAGCGCAGCAUCCUGACCUCCACCGUCCUGCUGACGGCCAUGCUGCGUCAGCUCCGCUCCCCAGCGCUGCUGCGGGAGGCUGUGGCUUUUCUCCUGGGCGCGGACCAGCAGCCCGAAGGCCCCGAGGACGAUCCCUGCACUCUGUGUGCCCACCUCAUCGGGCACUGCGACCACCUCUCGGAUGAGAUCAGCAUUGCCACGCUGCGGCUGUUUGAGGAGCUGCUCCAGCAGCCCCACGAGCGGGUGCUGCACAGCCUGGUCCUGCGCAACCUCGAGGGCCGUCUGUACGUGGCCCGGGGCUCGCCCGAGCCCGAGAGCUACGAGGACACGCUGGACCUGGAGGAAGACCCCUACUUCCCCGAUUCUGGCUUCCAGCCCUCCGCCAGGGCCCGCCCCACUCCGGCCACCAACUCCGAGGGCAAGACGGCAGUGACCGAAAUCGUCAACAGCUUCCUGUGUCUGGUCCCCGAGGAGGCCAAGACCUCAGCUUUCCUGGAGGAGACUGGGUACGACACGUACGUCCACGACGCCUACGGCCUGUUUCAGGAGUGCAGCUCCCGCGUCGCCCCCUGGGGCUGGCCGCUGGGCCCCGCACCCCUGGACCCCCACGAGCCCGAACGGCCUUUCUUCGAGGGCCGCUUCCUUGGAGUCUUGUUUGACCGAAUGUCCCGGAUCUUGGAUCAGCCGUACAGCCUGAACCUGCAAGUGACGUCAGUCCUGUCCCGGCUCGCCCUCUUCCCCCACCCCCACGUGCACGAGUACCUCCUGGAUCCCUAUGUCAACCUGGCCCCCGGCUGCCGCAGCCUGUUCUCGGUGCUCGUCAGGGUGAUCGGGGACCUAAUGCAAAGGAUUCAGAGGGUACCCCAGUUCCCAGGCAAACUGCUCCUGGUGCGCAGGCAGCUGAUGGGCCAGGGCCCCGGGGAGCAGCUGGACCACCAGACCCUCCUGCAGGGCGUGGUCGUACUGGAGGAGUUCUGCAAGGAGCUGGCUGCCAUCGCUUUCGUCAAGUUUCCCCCGCACGGUCCUCACCUGAACUUCUCCCCGCCCCCGGAAGGACAAGUCUGAGCCGGGAGACUCCUGUCCACACCUCUGCCCCAGCGCUGCCUCCCUCUCCUCUGGGGUGGGGGCUGCGGCUCCCAGGCAGCCUUGGGCCGGUGACCACAUUGGGACCGGGUCUCAGGGCAGGGGCCUCCCAGGCCCAGGUGCCUUGAGGCAAGAGAAGUAGCUUGCAGGCCUGGGGCCCCCCUCCCCCGGAGGAGCUGGGUGAACUCCACCUGGAGCCCCCAAACCCUGAUGUGUCGUGUGCCUGUCAUCCUCCGGAGCGGCCGUGUGUGCCCAGGGCUAAGCCCUGUGAUUCAAUUCCAGGGGCAGGAGAGGGAGUGAGCUGCUGGCUCCGGGGCUGGCCAGGAGGCCAGGCCAGACAUGGGGUCAGGAGCCGUGUGACACCAGGGACCCCAGCAGCUGCUGAGACUUGACUGUUUUCCCUGCCUCGCUGGCAGGGCAGGGAACCCAGUGACAAGGAAGCCCCUCUUCCCGCUCUGUCCUGGAGACGGUUGCAAAAUUCCCAACCGCCCCAUGGCAGAUGCCCAAAGCAUGUUCCGCGCCCAGGCGGGGGCAGCUGCUAAUGAGAACUUUGGUGCAGCUGCAGCCAGGGCGGGAGAGGGCCUGCGGAGCUGGGUGCCAGGCUACAGUUCCAGCUGGUUUCUCUCUGGCGCCUUCUGAACCCGUCUCGGCAGGUCCAGAACACCUGGGCGGAGAGGUCAGAGACCAGGAGGUGGGGCCUGGCGCCGCAGCCUCCGGCCCAGCACCCAGUGCCCCCGAGGGCGCACCCUCCUCCGGGGAGAGCUGAGGGUGCCAAGGGAGGCCUGCUGGGAAGGGGCUGAGGCACCAGCGGCUGCCGGGUCUGGUGGCCUUCUCCCCGCGUGCCCUCCGCGGCUGGGCUGCCGCCCUGCCUGAGCCGAAUCUGUCUCGACCUGUAGGAGCACACGGGCGGGCGGUGCCAGGCAUUACCUCACACGGGGCUGCAGCUGCUGGCUGGGCUCCUGGGCGAGGAGGAGGAGGAGGAGGCCGAGGCGGAGGCCAGAGCCCCUUUCGCUUCCUUUUCCUGCCCACGCUGCUUCUAAAAGCCGGGAGCAGGUUGCCAGGAGGUGACAGGAAAAAGAAGGAAACUCCAUGACCUCCGCCUCGCCCACUGCUGCCCCGGGGGAGCGUGCCUGCACAUGCUCGUGGCCGUGGCCGUUGGCGGGGGUCUGGGCGUGCGCUCUGGCAUUUGCACGGUGUCUUUAUAAGACAGUACAGCAAUAAACGGUGUGAUCGCGUGGA